CAUUCGCCUCCUUUAAAACCGAGCGUUUGCCAGCGUCGAGGAGAUUUCAAAACUGGGUGUGGAGGAACAAAGGACGUUGAUUUAACUACUAGAAAUAUCCGAAAAUGAGAGAGAUCGUACAUAUUCAAGCUGGCCAAUGUGGUAACCAAAUCGGUGCCAAGUUCUGGGAGGUGAUCUCAGACGAGCACGGAAUUGACCCAACAGGCACUUACCAUGGCGACUCGGACUUACAACUCGAAAGAAUCAAUGUUUAUUACAAUGAAGCUUCUGGUGGCAAAUAUGUUCCCCGUGCUAUCUUACUUGACUUGGAACCAGGGACCAUGGAUUCUGUUCGCUCUGGACCAUUUGGGCAGUUAUUCAGGCCUGAUAACUUCAUCUUCGGCCAAAGUGGUGCAGGAAAUAACUGGGCCAAGGGUCACUACACAGAAGGAGCAGAAUUAGUAGAUACAGUUCUAGAUGUAGUUAGGAAAGAAUCUGAAAGCUGUGAUUGUCUCCAAGGUUUCCAAUUAGCACAUUCCCUUGGUGGAGGUACCGGUUCUGGUAUGGGCACAUUACUCAUCUCUAAAAUCAGAGAAGAAUAUCCAGACAGAAUCAUGAAUACUUUCAGUGUCAUGCCUUCUCCUAAGGUAUCUGACACUGUUGUUGAACCAUACAAUGCCACUUUAUCUGUACAUCAAUUGGUUGAAAACACUGACGAAACUUACUGCAUUGACAAUGAAGCUUUGUACGAUAUUUGUUUCAGAACCCUUAAGCUCACAACUCCAACUUAUGGCGAUCUCAAUCAUCUUGUAUCUGUUACCAUGUCCGGUGUCACAACAUGUCUUAGAUUCCCCGGUCAGCUGAAUGCAGAUUUAAGAAAACUUGCAGUCAACAUGGUUCCAUUCCCUCGUCUUCACUUCUUCAUGCCCGGCUUUGCUCCACUCACAUCUCGCGGAAGCCAACAAUACCGUGCCCUUACAGUACCAGAACUUACCCAACAAAUGUUUGACGCCAAGAACAUGAUGGCAGCAUGUGAUCCAAGACACGGUCGUUACCUUACAGUUGCAACAAUUUUCAGAGGACGUAUGAGUAUGAAGGAAGUAGAUGAACAAAUGUUGAAUGUCCAAAACAAAAACAGCAGCUACUUCGUGGAAUGGAUACCUAAUAACGUGAAGACCGCCGUUUGUGAUAUUCCUCCACGCGGUUUGAAAAUGUCUGCUACAUUCAUCGGUAACAGCACAGCUAUCCAAGAAUUAUUCAAGAGAAUUUCCGAACAGUUUACCGCUAUGUUCCGUAGAAAGGCUUUCUUGCAUUGGUACACCGGAGAAGGUAUGGACGAAAUGGAAUUUACUGAAGCAGAAUCAAACAUGAAUGAUUUGGUAUCAGAAUAUCAACAAUACCAAGAAGCUACAGCCGACGAUGAGGGUGAAUUUGACGAAGAGGAGCAACCUCUCGCAGAGGCAUAAUCUGUCAGAUCAAUUUUUGUUUUUGGUUUACUUUUUUUAAAGCAUUGUAAAAAUUCAGAAUUUGUACUAGUAAUGUUUUGUGAAACAGUCUAACUUUUCCACAUUCCUAGUGUUGUAGGUUUCUUCUGUCAAAAAAAAACCCCUAAUGUUCAGUAAAUUGUCUUCCUAUGUUGGCUCCAUACAGAAUGUGAAAGGUCACUUUCCCAACCUCUGCUUGAUGUUUUAGGAAGAACUGUUUUUGUAUGGAGAUUCUGUAACUUGUUUAUGCAACUCCCCAAAUAAAAGAGGCAAACUGUCUUGCAUAUAGUUC